AUGUGGAAGCUUCUUUUCUUUGCUUCUCUCGGCCUCGUUGCCGCAGAGGACGGUCUCGAUGGCUGGUUGCGUUACGCUCGCCUACCAGACUGCAAGUCUUCCGGCGUCGCCGAAUCUCUUCCCUCUACCGUCAUCGGCCUCAAUGCGACAGAAAACGGCCCAAUUGCUUCUGCCUUGACCGAAUUGACCAAGGGCUACCAAGGCAUCCUCGGCAAAGACGUCUCUGUUGGCCAGGACGCCUGUGCUGCUGCUUCCGUUGUCAUUGCUACUGUCGACGACUACGUUGCUGCCUGUGGAAGUGAAGGUGUUCAAGCGGACCUCAUUGAGGAUGGCUUCUGGCUUAGCGUCAAGGGUGAUGGUGUCAAGAUUCUGGGACAGAACGAGAGGGGCGCUCUCUACGGUACUUUUGAGUACCUGAGCCUGUUGGCCCAGGGCAACUUCACCGAAGUGACUUAUGCGACAAACCCUUCUGCUCCUGUCAGAUGGGCAAACCAAUGGGACAACAUGGAUGGCACAGGAACUCACGGCAGCAUUGAGCGUGGUUACGGAGGCGUUUCUAUCUUCUUCGAGAACCUCAAGGUCGUCACCGACAUGACCCGCGUCUCCCAGUACGGCCGUCUGCUGGCCUCCGCCAGAAUCAACGGCAUCAUCGUCAAUAACGUCAACGCCAAUGCCAUCCUCCUCUCUCCCGAGAACAUGGACGGAUUGAAGAGGAUUGCCGACGCUUUCAGGCCAUGGGGUGUCCAGGUGGGCAUCUCCCUCAACUUCGCCUCACCCCAGACAUACGGUAACCUUUCCACCUUCGACCCCCUCGACGAGACUGUCGUUGCCUGGUGGGGAAAUAUCACCGAUGAGCUCUACGCACGCAUUCCCGACAUGGCUGGAUACCUGGUCAAGGCCAACUCAGAGGGUCAGCCCGGCCCCCUGACCUACAACAGGACGCUGGCAGACGGCGCCAACCUCUUCGCUAGGGAGCUCAAGAACCACGGCUCCAAGAAGGGCAUCGUCAUGUUCAGAGCCUUUGUCUACGACCAUCUCACGCUGAACCAGUCCGACUGGCGUGCUGAUCGCGCCAACGCCCAGGUCGAGUUCUUCAAACACCUCGACGGCCAGUUCGACGACAACGUCAUUGUCCAGAUCAAGUACGGCGCCAUUGACUUCCAGGUCCGGGAGCCCGUGUCGCCUCUCUUUGCCAACUUGAAGAACACGAGCAUGGCUAUUGAGCUGCAAAUCUCUCAGGAGUACCUCGGCCAGCAGGACCACUUGGUCUACCUCCCUCCUCUCUGGAAGACGAUCCUCGACUUUGAUCUGCGCAUCGACGGUCAGCCUUCUGUUGUCAGUGACAUUCUGUCCGGCAAGCGCCUCAACAGGCCUCUCGGCGGCUACGCUGGUGUCAUCAAUGUCGGCGCGAACUCGACCUGGCUUGGGAGCCAUCUGGCCAUGUCCAACCUCUACGCCUACGGCAGACUUGCGUGGAACCCCACGGACGACGUUGUCAGCAUUGUCCAAGACUGGACCCGUCUGACAUUCGGCGUUGACCGCAAGGUCGUCGAUACCAUUACCAAGAUGUCUAUGGAGAGCUGGCCCGCCUACGAGAGCUACAGCGGCAACCUGGGCAUCCAGACUUUGACUGAUAUCCUCUACGCCCACUACGGUCCCAGCCCGCGCAGCCAGGACGGCAACAGCUGGGGUCAGUGGACCAGAGCAGACGGAGACAGCAUCGGUAUGGACCGUACCGUGAAGAACGGCACGCGAAACGCAGGACAGUACCCUCCCGAGGUGGCGGCCAUGUACGAGGAGAUCGAGACGACCCCCGACGACCUGCUUCUCUGGUUCCACCACGUGCCCUACACGCACAAGCUCAAGAGCGGCAAGACGGUCAUCCAGCACUUUUACGACGCGCACUACGACGGAUCGGCCACGGCCCAGACGUUUGUGCCGCAGUGGGAGUCCCUGAAGGGCCUCGUCGACGAGGAGCGCUACGAGCACGUGCUCUUCAAGCUCAAGUACCAGGCCGGCCACUCACUCGUCUGGCGCGACUCGAUUAACAACUUCUACUGGAACAAGUCGAGCAUCCCCGACGAGGCUGGACGCGUGGGCAACUACAAGUACCGCAUCGAGGCCGAGCACAUGACGCUGGACGGGUACAAGGUCGUCGACGUCGACCCCUUUGAGGCAGCGUCGGGUUACAAGGCCAUCGUGACGAGCUCCAACACGACGGCCGGAACGGCAUCCGCCACGGUCGAGUUCGAGACCGGAACAUACACCCUCGCCGUCAACUAUUUUGACGUCAUUCGAGGAAAGUGCUCGUACGUCGCGUACAUUAACGACGUUGUCGUCGGCCAGUGGAGGGGUAACAGCGAGGAGAAGCUGGGCCACUGGCCGUCCGAGUUCUUGGACGGGCAUUCUGCCAUCCGCGUCAACUUUCCCGGCGUCAAGGUGACCAAGGGCGAUACACUGAAGAUUGUUGGCACACCUGACGGGCCUGAGGUCGCUCCUCUGGACUAUGUCAGCUUCUUGCCUGAUGGUAUCAUCGAUUAG